AGAGUCCGUAGAAAUAGGGGCGCGCUGAACAGGAGUUGCACAUUUAUAGGGUAAUUGGGAUGAAUGUGGAAAACUUUACCGCGGCCCACGUUCGUCACCUGUUUGGGAUCCGUAAGCGGACGUGCCAAUAACGGGAGCCAACAUUGGCCGCAGCAAAGUUUGUUGUUCGAAAAAUCAAAAUGGCAGAAAGUGUUCAAAGGUCCAAAGACAACAAUGACAAACCGAGGAAAAGGCGGAGAAGUCGAGACAAGGGCGACAUGAAUGAGGCUGUGGACGAAGGUCGAGCGGAAGCUAUUCCAGAAUGUGCAGUGUGCCUUCAGACUUGUGUCCAUCCAGCACGUUUACCAUGCAGCCACAUCUUUUGCUUCCUGUGCUUGAAAGGACUAGUAACCCAAAGCCGCCGAUGUGCGAUGUGUCGACAAGAUAUUCCCUUAGAUUAUCUUGAUCAUCCUCAAUUACUGGAGAUUCCAACUCCAGCUGAAAAGGAAGCAUUUGAAGAUGGAUAUCAAUGGUUUUACGAGGGCCGGAGCGGAUGGUGGCAGUAUGAUGAGCGCACCAGUCGGGAGCUUGAAGCUGCCUAUAAAAGUGGUCAACGGACAUGUGAGCUGUUGAUUGUUGGUCAAUUAUACAUUGCAGACUUUGAUGCAAUGCUUCAGUUGCGCCGCAACGACUUGUCGCGUCGUCGCAGAAUCAAACGUGAUUUAGCCAGCAUACCAAAGAAAGGUAUUGCCGGCUUGAGGCUUGAGGGAGCACCGAGUUCGGGGGAUGAGCCUUCUCCUCCGUCACCAAGUGGAGAGCCAGGAACAAGCAGGCUAGAAUCUGAUGAGAAUUGGUCCGAAACUAAUACUGAGCCUUCAAGCAACACUUGGCAAAGUGACCGUGAAGGCGCUGAUUUGGUUCUGAGAGAUUCUCAGCUGCAUAGAGUUGCUGAGGCGGAGGAUGACUCGGAUGAGAACCACUCUGCCACAGAGAGUGAUGAGAACAGUCCAAGGCGACAGGAUUUAAAUGAUGAUACAAAUGUAGAUGUCCACGAUGACGAUGACUCUGAUAGUAAUCAAGGAGACCUAGAAGCCCAGUUGCAAAAUCUACGGCUUCACUAAACUUGUGCAAUUGUAUAAAUUUAAAUUUGUGAUAAUUUUUCAUUAAAAUCUAGAUUUGUGGAUACUUCUUGUUGUACUCUUUCAGCACCAUUUAUCUUUUUUAAACAAUAUCCCAAUGUUCUUAUGAUGCUAUUUAUCUUGAGGAUUUCAUAUUUCACCAAUUUCUUCCUUUAAUUUUCUGUUCAUAGCUGGAACACAUCAAUCAAAAUCAUGACAGUUUGAUGUCAUUGUUGUGAAUUAUUCAACAAUUUGUUGAUAGUUCUGGCAAUUGCCCUCAAAUCUAUCUCAUUUUUAUAACCCUGAUAUUGAUGUGUCUUCACCUUCACAGAGUUUAGUUAAAACUUAGCAUUUCUGAUGCCAUACCCUCCUCUUUCCUUGUAAUGGUCUUUUACAUUCCUGCUCCCCUGAAAGACCUUUCUUGGUACUCAAAUGCAAUUACAGGUAUUGCCCUCUUUGACUUGCUUCAGUUGGCUCUUAUAGCUUAAACAAGAGACAUGAUGCUGGUUGGAUGAAAAAAAAUUGAAGGUUGCUUUAAGAUGUUAUUGUUGCUCCUCAUUUUGUGUUUUCUCAUGUUUGUGAAUAAACUCUAUUUCAAUUAAAUAUUGAAUUUUUAGAGUCGCAUGCCUUGAUAAAAUUUGUGGCAAGCACUUUGUCAAUGUUCAAUGUGUGAUAUUUAUUUAGAUUUUUGGAGAGGGUUGUUGAUGUUUGGAAGAUAUUUCAUUGAUAUGUUGAUGAGUAUUUAAGAAGAUAAGAGUAUUUUGUGAGAUUUGUUUGUGUCUAUGAGAUCAAGCCUUAGCGGAAAAAGAAAAAUAGUUGUCUGAUGAUUACAGUAUUUAUUGAAUGUCUUUUUGACGUUGUUUUGUGUCCUUGUCCUCCUCUCUUGUAUAAAUUGUGUUUUAUGAAUCGUUCAAUACUAGUGUGUACAUUUUCAAAUAAGCAUGUAACAAACCGAGAAUCUUAACUAGUUUUGAUGGUGUUACCACCUUGUUACCAUUUUAUUGUAUCUCAAAUAAUUUUUUUUGUCUUAUUUUUGUAAAGUUAUUAAUGACCUGUCUUUUCUUUGAAUUAUUUGAUUCAAUAAAAUAUGGAAAUUA